AGCCGCCUGCUAAACAUCUACUGCGGUUGUUUUCACAGUUCUACUGACACGAGGUUUGUCAGACCGGCGGCACCGUGUUGUGAUUAAUUCAUAUUUGACCCCGCAUCGCCUCUGAAGGGUCAGAGGAUUGUUGUUGCUGCUCGUGUUUAUUGCAUGGAGCUACACCGUGUUUCUCUUCGGCUAACUGAAUUAGCAAACCUCAAAGCAGCGUAAUUUAAUACCAUCUGCGGUGUUUACGCGUGUAAAUCAACUUCUACCAGGUGUGGACAGAUGUGCUGGUGCCGCUUCAUGUCAGGGCUCAUUCGUCCUUAGUUUAUUCAGGAUCAACUCUUUCUAAACUGAACAGCAUGUUUCAUAUGGCCGUGAACUAAUUUCAUAAUAAUGGUUAUAUUUCUGUGUAGCAGUAGUGAAAUUCUGACUUAGUUGCCCUUUUCCCUUCGAAAUCCUGCCUUUUAUUAUACAGUGGACUACUACAUUAGUAUGAUUACAUCAGCCGACCCCCAGUGUAACCCAGUGUCUUCAAAUGUCUUGUUUUGACUGAUCUGCACUUCUGAGCCAGCAUGACUUUACAAUGGAAGCAGCCUGAUGCAUGACGCGAGCUGUGUGGUGUGUAAAAGCCUCCUGAAAACCUGGAAGUGGCUGCUGAUAUGGUGGACCUGAGACUGGCUCCCAGAAGCCCCCAGUCUCCAUUUUUCAUGAGAGUCUGGGGAAACGUUGCCACAGAUUAUGGAUCUAGGAUAUCACCUUCCAUGAGUUUACAGUUUUACAGCGCUUCAGUCAAACAGCUGUAAGGGACAUGGAGUGGGAAGCAACUGAGAAGGAGAUGGAUGGAGUUACAGACACUGACGACAUCCCUCUAGGUGACUCCACCUUAGUGACCAAAUCUAGUCAGUGUGAGGACAGAGAGACUGAUGAUGACUGCGAGCAGGAGAAAACAACCGCCAGGUUCAAAUCUCAGGACACCCCAAACCCAGCCACCCCACGAGACUUCGAAAUUGAUGAAGCAGAGUAUUGUGGAUCUGCAGCGGCCAAAGAGGACACUGAGCAGGCUUCGGACUGGUUAGAGCAUGACGGCGCUACAGAUCUUGAAAACUCUCAGGUUCAAGAAGAAGAAGAAGAAGAAGAAGAAGAAGAUAUUGAGAAGGAGCAGCACAUGAAUGGAGAGUCUGGCUGGAGGAGCCUGGGAGGCGGACGGAGAUGCAAACUGAAGAGCAGUGGUUCAUUUUCAGAGCAGAGCAGUCAAAGUGCUUUUGCCUCUUUUCAAAAAAGCAAUGUUAUAUCCAGCGGUGGCCGGCACAAGCAGACCCGCAGACGUCACCACCACCAUCAGCAGAACCGGAGCCGCAGGCGGACAGGCAACCAGCUCAUCUUAGCUUUCAAAGAGAUGCUGUCAGAGUCUCUCAGCUUCUGGUGCAUCUCCUGCGUCCACAUGAUGAUUGAGAUUAUUGUCACAUUAACUCACAAUUGUGGAGUCUGUGUGGAGGCUGUAGGACUGAAACUUUAUAACUUUGGACUGCAGCUUCUUUCAAAGAUCACAGAUAUACAUGGGAUGAAGGCGGAUGCUAGUCGGAUUUUGAAAUGGACUAAAUGCACAGGAGUAGUCGUGGUGGAUAAAAUUGUCAGGUCGGUGAAGUGGGUAAAGACAGCUGCCUUAUCUUGUUUCAGACUUUUCUGUGCUUUGGCUAUUUUCGGGUCCCAAUGGGCAAAGGGUGUGGUGGUCCGACUUAGUGGAGAGCGGGGAAAGCGCUACUGGACAUCUUUUCAGGAGUCAAGGUUUUGGAAGCGGGUUGUUUCCCUGCUGGAGAGAGUUCAGAGACGGUUCAAGAGAGACGCCCAUGCACCACCAUACACACAUGAGUCACCUGGCAGAGCAGGGAGGGGCCAGUCCGGCCAGGAGCUGGAGAGAUUGCUGGCCUUGGCCGAGAUACCGGAGAACGAGCUUGACCCCUUUACAGUGCUCGGUGUGGAGGUUCACGCCUCUGAGGCUGAGCUGAAGAAGGCCUACAGACAGCUGGCUGUCCAGGUCCAUCCAGACAAAAAUAAACACCCACGAGCUGGAGAGGCGUUCAAAGUUCUGAGGGCUGCCUGGGAUAUUGUCAGUAACCCAGAGACACGACAAGAGUAUGAGUUGAAACGCAUGGCAGCAACUGAGCUCUCCAAGUCCAUGAACGAGUUUCUCACUAAACUGCAGGAUGACCUGAAGGAAGCCAUGAACACCAUGAUGUGCACCAAGUGUGAAGGCAAACACAAGCGAUUCGAGAUGGAUCGUGAAGUGACGGAGGCCCGGUUCUGUGCUGAAUGCAAUCGUUGCCAUAGCGCUGAGGAGGGGGACCUAUGGGCCGAGUCUAGCAUGUUGGGCCUUCGAAUUACAUACUUUGCCUGUAUGGACUGUAAGGUCUAUGAUAUAACAGAGUGGGCAGGUUGUCAAAGAAUAGUCAUUUCUCCUGACACUCACCGUGUGCCCUAUCACAUCUCCUUUGGUUCAAAGAACAAUAGCAGCGCCGCACGACACAGGACGACCUCGGAGAACGCCCCAGGUCCUACCAAUCCAGCUGACUUGCAGGACUUCUUCAACCGCAUCUUCAAAGGAGGACCUCCUAAUGACAUGGCUGCCAACGGGGGCUUCUUCCCCUCAGGUCCCCCUCCUCAUCCACCACCUGGUGCUGGAGUUCCGCCGUUCUCCCCUCCCCCAGGCCAGACAGGCUUUAAUAUGCCGGGGGGUCCCCGGCCAGAGCCCAGCGAGACUUGGGCUGAAGGCGGCAAACCCCCCAGGAGGAGGAAGAAGGUCCGGAAACCCUUCCAGAGGUGAAGUCUGUUCACUCCUCACGGUAUCAAUAAAGCAACACAGGGACACAAUAAAUAAUGGCCAUGUUUGUCUAUCGCCUGCCUGUUGGCAUGCCAAGAUCUGGACUGAAGGAGAUGAAUGUGGGUAAGGAUCAGCCAGAGGAGAAAGACACUGGAUCAUGAAGAGGAGUGUGUGGACUGAAUACAGUAUUGAAGGAGGGUUGAAGAGGUGGCAGUGGUGGUGCUUUACCUCUCAUUUUAUCUUAUUUUUCUGUUGGUCUUUAAGACAACUGUAGCCUUGGCAUUGAAAUCCUUUUCAGGAUACUGUCACGAAACAUUUUCAUAAUCUCCUGCCAAAUCCUGCGACGCAUGAUUUACUCACCUGCAUUUUGACACAUUUCAGUUCUCUCAGUUGUUAUUCAUUUUUUCAAUAUGGUUAGUUUAAUACAUCAACUUUAGACUGCCGAGUUGGACUAUGAAAAACGGAUCACAAUAACUGACAUGAAGAAGCGGAAGAGCAGAGCAACACCAGUGUGUCAGUGUUACUAACGUUAGUGGAUCCCAGAAUAGUUCAACAAGGACUCCAACACAUCUUAACAAAAUUGACAAAAACAGCAGUUUGAGAACUUGAUGCGUUUCCCUGGUAGUCGGCACACAGGCAGCAAACACUUAUACGUAUGAAUGGCUCAAUGGAAGUCAAAGUCAACAACCAGUGUUCAUGCAUAUUUUGGCAUCAUUUUUAUUAUUUUUAACAAGAAAAUAUCCUCUUCAACUCAUUUAUCUCAACAUUUAAUAGAGAUUUUUCUAUGGUGACAUUUGGUGAAAUGAAAAUAUAAUUUUUUGGUCAGGUCCAAUGGUUAAAUGUUUUUAAAAACAAGCAUGUUAUUGCUUUAUGAAGAUCAGAGUCACGGUCACACCCUGUAUCCACUCAUCCAGAAGAAGUGAUGUUGGAGCUGAUUUGUAUGUGGAUAUGACCAGAGAAUCACUUCCCUCACGAGAGAACACUCACAACAUUAGGUUUGUUUUUCAGGGUUAUAUUUAAAACAUGUCAAACCGCCCAGCUAGAUGAUGUGAAAAUUAACCUGUGAUGCUGUCGAGAUGUUAAAUCUGGAAAUGAUAGAGUGAAAAUUUUAACUUGGCUUUAAGUAUUUUGAGACCAACUGAUGUAAACAUGUUGAAUCUGCCUGAUGUUUAUUGUCUCAGACCCAGAUUAGGAUUAUAAUCACCGCACAGGUCCAGUUCUAACAGCAGGAGUGAAUUUAAUGGUGUUUAAACAUAAUUGGUGACGCCUUGACAUUUUGAAAUGUUGAUAUACUGUAUUUUCAGUAGUUUAAAGGCCACAGAACAGAUGUAUACUGCCCCCUGUUGAUCCACUGUGUAGCCUGUUGAAAACACUAUCAACAUAUACAACAGGUAACCACUACCUGAGUAUUAAUUGCAUCAUCUCAUUUAAUAUCAGACAUGCUUAUAUCCUAAUAUUUAGGCAAAGUGGCCUUUACAUAAAUUGGAAAUAGAGACUUUGGAUCAUGAGCUACACAGUAAAAUGCAGCAGUUAAACGAUAUUUAUAAUCUUCAUAGAUUAAUGAAGUUGUUAAACCUUUCAUGCUUUUUUAAAUAUUUUGUGCAUUAAUUGCAAUUCAAUGACGGCUGUGACUGCUUGAGGUCACGUCAGAAAUGUCAGUCAAAACGAUUUUUAAGACAAGAUUAGCUUCCAUGCUCAUAUAAUCUCAGUGGCUUUUGGCAGUUUAUAAUCAAUAUUAACCUCCUGACCUAUAAAUGCUGUGUUGAAGUGUUUAAACACGGAUUUCAAAAUGUCAAGGUCACACUUUCACCGUAAAUCUAAUCUAAACCCUCACAAUUUAUCUCCUAAUCUCCCCAGUGUUACUGUUUGUAACAACAUGGUCACUCAACUAAUAAGGGGUUGUGUUUUGGUUUUGGUUUGAAAUGACACUUUAAUCUUCAUCACAGGUAAAUUAAGGAGCUGUUAUUGUUUACACCUGAUAUGUGAAGAUCAAGAAACUGUAAUGAUACAAGACAUUUGACAAAAGCUAUUUUUUGUAUUGACAAUUGAUUAUGAGAAUAACCAUGUUCAGUUUUUCUUCCUUUUGUGUUAAUUUGCACAUCCACCCCUGUAAUGACAUCCCAGGGUGUUUUUGAACAGUCAUCAGUGGUUGAACUACGCAGACUCCUCCAGCUGCAGCUUAGUGGGGGUGUAGCUCGCGGAUAUCUUUUUUGAUAGAAAAUGGAUGUUUAGAGAUUUUUGUUUUGGAAGAUUGCGUUUGAUUAAUCCGACCAUGACCAUUCAUUUUCCACUCUGGAGAACCCCCAAUAUGUGAACUGUUUUAGUGGGUUUGGGUGGUCGCCUAAAAAGAUAAGCCUUUGUUGCAGAUAUUGUGCGAGUUCGUUGAAGAAGGAGGUUGCGUUUACCACAUUUUUCUUCAUGAGUCACUUUUUGUUCCUUUUGUACAUCCGGCCAGCUUCCCAGACGUGGAUUGAGUUAGUUUAAUCUCAAGUGCUACUAGUCUCACAGAUUGAGAGUAAAACAGUCCUGAAUUAAAAACAUUCUAUUAAAAAUGAUUUAAUAGUCUGAAGGCAGAUCAGGGACAAACCAAGACCGUGAGAGGUACAAAUUAGAUUUUCAACGAUGUCAGACUUCAAUUCAGAUUCAAAGCAGACAAAAAUCGACAAAAUGCUUUAGCAAAUUUGGUGCAUUUGUUCAGGAUUCGCCUGCAAUUUUUAGGACUUAAGUUCUUAUCCACCUUUUCACCUUUAAACUGAUUAAAGAUCACUAUAUACUGUGUCUGCCCAUGUCUCGGAAACUGGACGCUUGCUUCCAGAUGUCCACCUUGACUUGAGAAUGUACAGUGCUGUAUGUUAAAGGUAGCAGUUCGAAGUCCAAGAAGUCUAAGGAAGAGCCAACACGACAGAUUUUUGUUUAUUUUCAGGUUUUUAAACAGAAUAUGCAGAAGUAUUGCAAAAAAAUAUCUGACAAUCAUCAGGGUUUUUUAGUAGGGAAUAAUGUGGCGAGUUCCCUGGCUGGCAAACAGUUUUCAAAAUAUCGCUGUUGGGUUUCGUUCCCCCGCUUUCUCUGGUUUUCAAAAUAAAGAUGAUUUCCUAUAUGCACAA